AACCUUUUAAAACUCGAUCGAUAAAAAAACGAAACACAAGAAAGGAAAGGAAAGGAAAGGGAAUGAAUCACGCAAUUAAAUUGGGUCGAUUAAGCUUACAAUCUCCAAUUUUGUGUUCAUCUUCUGGUUUAUCUUCAGUAACUGGGAAAAAAGGAGUUGGAAGUGUGAGAUUUGUUCAAGUUAAUAGUAGUGGUAACGACGAUCCUAAUAAACAGUCUAAUUUCCGCAACAUGGACAACAACACCAACAAAAAAGAUGAACAACAGGACAACAAUUUGAACGUGAUGAAGGAGUCCUUUGGUGAAGGAUAUUCAACAAGGAGUGACGACGAAGGGUUCGGUGGCAUUUACGGAGGCAACGAUGAGGGCAAUGCCGAGAUGAAAGUCGUGCAAGAUCCCGCUCACCAUGACAACGACCAAGGGAGCGAGGUGAAGGAGAAAGAGAAAUCACGUAACCAAAAGUGAUCUGACAAACACAUAUACUUUAUGAGAAAUAAUUUUGGCACACCAGAAAGUGAUUAAAGUUAAUAUGAGACUCAUGAAAUUGGCCGAACUUUAUAAGUGUCAACAACAACACUAAGGUGGUGUGUGAAGAUCAGUUUGUUUUUUCAUCAUCGACUUUCGAUUUGGCGUUCAAGAUAAAUAAUGUUGUUUUAUACUCAUUAUUAUAUGCUCUACAGUAAUGAGUUUAUGACGUGGAUCUCAUCUUCUCAACAAGUUUGAAUACGUAUUCGUUUUGUAUUUUUGUCCUCAUUAAACAAUAAGUUAAUGAUCAAAGUCGGAAGUUCAAAUUUAGGUAGUCUAGUUUAGUGUCUGUAUGAUACUUGUACCGACUUUUAUUUUGAUGUUUAUACAUAGACUUUUGUAGU